AUGAAUCUAAAUUUAGAAGAAUUAGAUUCUGAACUAAAUAUGGAUCGAGAAUAUCUAAUAGGAAAACUAAAAUCUAGGAGUGAGGAGCAAUUGAACAAUAAAAUUCCAAAAGAAUUUCUAAAUUUUAUUGAUAGCCUAAUUACUUAUCUUGGUGAAGGUGCAAGUGACUCAUUAAAUGAGAUGGAUAAUAUUAUUAGAAAUUGAAAUAUUGACUUUGAUAUCCGUUCAGAGAGCUAUAAAGACAAUGAUUAUUGGGGAAAAGUUUUAAUUUAUUAUUGCUGAAAUUCAAAACACUUUAUUAGUUUGAAAGAAUUUUGGGAAAUGAAAGUUAAAGAGAAAAAUGAGCAGGAGGCAAAAGAAGUGGCAGAACAAGAGACAAAACAAGAGAUAAAUGAAGAAACAAAAGAAGAGCUAAAAGAAGAGAUAAAAAAAGAGAUAAAAGAAAUUGAUAUUGUACAAGAAGACUUUUCAUCAUUAAAUCCAAUCGAUUUUUUCAGCGAUAUAAAUAUUCUAUACCUUCCAGAAGAGCAUAAAGGCUAUAAAGAAAAUCAAGUAAGCCAAAAAGGGAAAAAAUGAACGCAAAAAGAAAUUGAUCUUCAAGUUCAGCUUCUAUCAGAAUUCAAAAAUUGUUGCGUAUUAAACAUUUUAUUUGACAUAAAAAUUUCAAAUCAAGUAAAAAAGUGGUUAAUUUCUCAAUUAUCCAAUUUAUUCAGUUUAUCUAUCAAUUAUUCUAAUGAAAAUGCAAAUUUUAUAAUAAAAACAAUUCCAUUUGUAAUGCAGCUGAUAUCCAAACCAAUAGUAAAAGCAAAUAAUAACCAAAAAAAGAAUUUCGAUACUUUAGCUCGCUCCAGAGCUGUAAAAGAAAGCCUCGAUAAUAUUGGCCUUAAAAUCAAUUUUUUCUCAUAA